ACUUCCGUGUCCUAGAGGCGCUGACGGGACGCUUCACAACCUCUGUAAGAGAUAUUCUUCCGCACUACGAUGGCUUGUCAGUGCUGGUGUGUAUCACGACUCGGCUCACAGCUGGAAGAGUGUUUUUCUUGCUAACGCGAGACUCCGUCUUUCUACCGACGUUACUUUACUUGUGGGAUAUAACAGGGCAAGCCACGGCUACUAGCCCACGUUGACAACCAUUCCAAAAAGGAUCCAUCACAUUUUGGAACUUUGCUAGAGGCAACGUUAGUUAUUCACCCAGGGUAUCCGAUGGAAGGACCAGAACGGAUAGGCGCAAGGACAAGUGUUCCAGGGAUGGCCACCUCGUCCUGCAACUAUAGCAUGGGACGGUAUCUUCAGAGGCCAAGUCCGUUUGACUGCAUGCACAGUGGCGUAGGAAUGAACUCUGGUAAUCUUGGGUAUGGGACAUAUUCCAAUGACUGGGGACUGGUACAUGGUGCCUAUUCACCCCACAGUCUCAACUCAGACCGACAGAUGAACAGAUCACAAGGGUCCUACCUUUCUAUGUCCUCAUCAAAAGACUAUUCAAUCAAUACCUCCACAUUAUCCCCAUCAUACCCCUCUCCCCCUCAGUCGGGGAGGGGCGCGUUCGACACGACAGGGGGAACGGACUCGUAUAAUUCUAUGUGUAACCCUUCGACGCAAGUAACGACAUGUAUAACACCGGAGCUAGACAAGAAAGAAAACAAACCAAAAGACUCAAUUCCCCCCGAUCCUUAUAAAUUGGACCUUUCAGUAAAACCAAGGAAGGAGAGGACAGCAUUUACCAAACAUCAGAUCCAGGAACUCGAGAAGGAGUUCAACGUUCACAACUAUCUAACGCGGCUACGACGAUAUGAACUUGCAGUCUCCUUGGAACUUUCUGAAAGACAGGUGAAGGUCUGGUUCCAAAACAGAAGAAUGAAAUGGAAACGCGUCAAGGGAACUAAGCUCGUAAAGGACAAAGUAGAUGGUCAGCUCAAACCAAUAAUGGCGCCCAAUGUGACUUCUACAAGUGUCCCUGAUGCAGAUAUAGACGAAAGUUUGACAGACCAGGAGCCGCCUGCUCACUGAUACAAGAUUGUACUGAAAUUUCUGUGAUAACCAAGAGGAAUAUGAUGCCGAAUAGGUCGUGUCUGUUUUCUUCACCCAUGACGCAAUGGAAGCAGAGCUUGACUCAAGUCACGCCUGUUACGACAAUCACAGGAAGUCAGAACAGUUGACGGCCCUCCACGAACUUCCGGUUUCAUAUGGCCUUGACUUCAUGAACAUGUGGUGAGGAAUGUGGAGAGUUCACAAGAACGGUGAUGUGCCAUAACGUGUAUGAUUUUAUUAUACAAUGGUCGACAUGUGCCAUGGCUGAAUUGUACAGAAUUUUAAUAUACAAUUAUACUUAAGAUGCAAAACUGUUGUAUUAUAUAUACGCCUCCUUGUAAUGGGCGUACGAUACCAAGAACAAAUCUCAUAUUUACGUUUCCUAAAGGUUCUCCAUGUUUGUGAGUGUUGAAUGGCCAAGCAAGACGAUUGGAAUCCUCCACGAUAAAGGACAGGAUUACUACACACCUGUUUUAAUCCUCAUAGGUUGCCAUUUGUAACCGCAAUCGUGCACAGGUACAAGUGCAUGGUACAUAAUUAGCGAGCAGCUUAAACUACACCGGUCAUGUAGCAACAAAAAACGUGUUACCGAAUUCCUCUAAAGAUUGGGUAUUUCGCUGCUGAGGGAAAGAAAGUAAACACAAUUACCUCCGAUUGGAUGUUCAUUUGAGGAAAGUAAUGUUUUGCACGUGCCUCCAUAGAAACAUGCGCCAUCUGGUGGCGAAAAAAAGCGGCAGGUGACACUGCCGUCUUCUUUCGAUUUGCUCAAGUGACGUUCAAUUUUUGUGGACAGAGAAAACUUAUCAGGAUAAGUAAAUCCAAGUUUUAUUUUACAAACAUGCUCUGUAAAUAAACAAAUAUUUAGAAGA